AUGGACUACAACUGGGGCGACCCGAAGAAGAACUCGCUCCUCUCGUCAAGGAUGAUGGCGAAAGCUGAGGUGACUCGGAAGAAAAGAUUGACGAGUGUGAAGUCGACUCUUUCGAAUCAACUGCAUCCAGCGAUAGAGAACAAAUUACGAAGUCAGUACUAUACAUGCAAGGCAGAGCCUCAGUUGACGAGUGAUGACGAGUCCAGCACACUCGACACCGCUCGUCAAGAAGUCUUCCCGCUUCCAACUCGUGCGUCUUUCAGCGGAUCAAUGUUCGACGAGUUUGAUCAGAACGCCGCAGCUGACGGACUCUUCCAUCCUGCCUCGGCAAUUGAGGCGUUUGCAGAACAUGACGCAAAGUAUCGCGAGGAAAUUAAGAGUGCAUCGGGUAAAGAAUCACGACGAGCACGGACAGGGAGUGAAUAUCCACCAUCAAGAGAGAACCACCGACUACCAGCUCUUCCCAGUGGUAAGACGAGACGUGUGUCGACUCGUCCAGAAAGCAAACAGAGAGCGAGUUAUAAUGGGUCCGCUCCUGCGUCACUAGCGACAACGUCCUCUCUCUCGAAGCUGUUGGACGCUGGCAAAGAGAAACGCAGUCUGCCCGCUGCUCACAGUGACUCAAACCUGUACGCUCCACGCCGUCAGGUUGCUGUUCCUUCGUCGGCAGAUCGAAGUGCUCUUGACUUUUUAGAGCGCGAAGCGGAGAGCGACAACGAUAACAAUGCUCACAAUUCUCCCGUCGCCAAGUCUUUUUUACGAACUGUCAUUUGA